UACAACCAAUAUUUUUAUUAGAUUUCUAAUAAAUACCUAAUUUAGACUACCUACAGUUCACUUGUGGUGUGAUUCUGGAUUAUUAAUAAAAUUUUCUAAAUGGAGAGAAAGGAACGUUUGAUGUUGUGUUCGGCCAUGUUUUUUCUUCACAACAUACGUCGUCGUGUGGCAAUGGUCGACGUUUAGUUUACUCACUAUUCUGAAGAAUAAUUCUUUUGCUGCUAAAAUACAGUGUUUUGAGUUUAAUACAGUGUCUAUACGCAAAAAUGAAUCGCACCGAAGGGUUGGUGCAGCGAAAACAUGUUGCAAAAGAAAAUAAUUCUGAUGGAAGCAGAGAAAACAACGAUGUGGACGAUAAGAGGAACGAUAAAAAUUUUGAUGACGGCGAUUCAAAGGAAACUCGAUUAACUCUCAUGGAAGAAGUACUACUGUUAGGGUUAAAAGACAAAGAAGGUUACACAUCUUUUUGGAAUGAUUGCAUAUCUAGCGGCCUCAGGGGCUGUAUCUUGAUAGAAUUAGGAUUAAGAGGACGUGUUGAAUUGGAGAGAGCUGGCAUGAGAAGAAAAGGAUUAUUGUCUAGAAAAGUUAUUGUGAAAUCAGACACUCCAACUGGUGAUGUGUUGUUAGAUGAAGCAUUGAAACACAUGAAAGAUACUGAUCCACCAGAGACAGUCCAAAGUUGGAUAGAAUAUCUCAGUGGUGAAACAUGGAAUCCUAUGAAAUUGAAAUAUCAAUUAAAAAAUGUACGAGAGAGGCUUGCAAAAAAUUUAGUAGAAAAAGGAGUACUUACAACUGAGAAACAAAAUUUCCUAUUGUUUGAUAUGACUACACAUCCACUUACUGAUAAUGUGGUUAAGUGCCGUUUGGUUAAAAAGGUGCAAGAAGCGGCGCUUCGUCGCUCCAUAGUGGACGUGGCGCACGCCGACAAGCGCUCGCUAGCGCUGCUGAUGCUGGCGCACUCCGCCGACGUCCUCGAGAACGCGUUCGCGCCGCUCUCCGACGAGGACUACGAGUUGGCUACGCGGCGAGUACGCGCGCUCCUCGACCUAGACUUCGAGGCCGAGGCCAUGCGCCCCGAUGCCUGCGAGAUCAUGUGGGCAGUGUUCGCCGCAUUCACCAAAUAGCGCCGGCGUGCCCUCUACCUCUACCUUAACGAGGUGAAACUGAACAUAUGAAUUGUAUAUCAAUUCACUUCAGUAAGUGGCGAAAAUUUCGAGUGUACGAAUUCAGUGCAAUGAAAAAAAACAAUUAAAUGUAAUAUUAAUAUGUAUACUUGUAUACCUUUAUUUGUACAUAGAUGUUAAUGUGUUUAUUUGAAUUUUAGUUCAGUAUUAAGUUGAACGAUCAUGUGAAAUUGAAACCUCGUGUGAUGAGCUGUUCAUUGAUGAAUGAUUUUGUCAUUACCUACUAACAGAAUAUUGUUGAUACUAAAUCUAAACGAGGCACAAAAUGUAGAUUUCUUUAUGUAAUUAAUUAAAAUUAUAUACAGUGUCCAUUGAAUGCUACAAAUAUUAAAUAACAUUUACGUAAAAACUAAUUAUUAUUAUAAGUUGUUGUCCCUUGACACUGGGUUUGUCUAACAAAGGCAUUUGUGGAACUUUGGGCUUAGACAAUGCUGCUAUAGUCAGUCUAUUCCAGGAAGUCUGCUUGGCUUUGGAUACAGUGGUAAAGUGUACAGACAAGAAGCUUGAUAGGCAAGUUGGUGUGUAAAACUGAAUGUGUGUGCGUGGGUCUGAAGCUACCUUUGGACUUGUAUUGCACCCAAGUUCACCAACAAAAUUGUCUGUCUAUAUUUGAGGGGCACGAGGUAAACUCACUCAUUGAAAAUAUUUCACCAUAUAUUUUACAUCCUUACACUACACACAACUAUAAAUUUGAUACGCAAAACAGAAAUAUGUAAUUUUUUUACUGUAACAACAAACAUAGACAUCGUUUAGACUCGUUACACAGGAUAUUCAAUUACUUGCUGUUUUGUUUCUUAUCGUUGAUUUAUUGUUUUGGCUGAAGACUUGGGUCCUUUUUAGAUAUUGCUUUUAUUGCUAUAAUUCAGUUAGAAAUACUUACAAAUUAAACGUAACUUCAUCUUUUAGUAAACUAGAAGUUGUUGACAGUUUUUUAUGGCAUUUAACUAUACCAACCUACAUUUUUAGGAAACUCUUUACAUGAAGAAAAUGAUUACAACAAUGAAAAAUCGAUUUUAUAGAAACAGUACUUAUAAACGCGUUAGAUCGUUGAUCUUAUACUUUGAUAGAGGGGUAAUGUCUAGCGAGGCAGGUACAAUUCGUCUAUGGUCUGCAGUGAUAAUGUUUCUUCAGGUUAUACACACACGAUCUUAAUCUACCGUACCACUACAUACAAAAGAAAACAGACUUCCCUGAAUAGAAUAACUAUAACGCUGUAGCAGUGUUUAACUGGUACAUGUCCUUGCUCAUAUGUCAAAGAAAUGCACAAGCCAGUGUGAAGGGCACGAAGCGAUACUGGCUGUUAUUUUAGAAUAGGUAAAAACUAACCAUGAAUAUAGAGAAAAGGGUAUGCUCAUCCCCGGCCCAGGCCUACCAUAACCACCCGGAAAUUUAUAUCUAAAAAAAUCUUGAUAAUUCUACUUUAAUAAUGAGAUCUUUAUCAAAACAGUUUGCUACAACGUAUUACGACAUUUUAAUCCACGACAAGGACAAGCUAAGAUUGACGAUGAAGAUGACCAUACAGCCUGAGUUUUACGAUCUUUUUUGAAGGCUUUUUUGUUCGUUUUCUUGUGUGUGUGUAAUAAGCUUGUUGGUAACAGAAAAAAAUAAUACAGAUUCAAAUGUUACUUCGCCGCUUUUCUACACUGGCGAACAUUUUGCCCUAUAUUAUGAUAAAAAAAAUAUUUUUCUGUAAGAAACAUAUUUUUAUUAAGGCGAUUAUUUAACCACAUCCUUAUUUAUACAUCAUUUAUUAUCAUUUCCAUAUACUUUUUUUACGGGGGUUGUCUAUGUAUAGGUAUGGGCCGGUGGGCAAUAUUCUUUAGUCAGUUUGUCUGAAAUCAACAAAUUAUUUAAUUGAUUUGCAUAAAAUGUUCAGUUGACCAUGGUUACAUAAUUAUUUUUUAUUUUAUCAUAUCCUUAAGAGGUCUGCCUGCUCUUAAAAUAACACCGUGUGUAUUAAAUUGUAUAGUUGUAUUAGAGGUGUUUGAGGUCCUUUCCAUAUGCGUAACUAGAGCUGCCCUAGAAACAGUUUUGUAAAAAGCCAUUCACAUUUGGACUAUAAGAAUGAAGUUAAAUAUUGAGUGACGACCUGGUAAUAAGGUCCUUACUAUACUUACGUAAAUAUUUUUUUUAAUCCAGACUGUCGAUAAUUUAGAUGGAAUGACCAUUUAUGUGUCAGAAACUCUUUUCAUCAUAAUGGAAAAAUUUCGACAUAUUCGGAUUGUUUAAUGCGAAUAGUUAUGACUUCUAUAUACUAUAUACUAUGAUUACAGAAUAUGAUAUGUACAUAAUACAUUUUAGUUUGCCUAGCGAAUUGUAGUUACGCAUGUGGUUUAUUUUAUAUAUACAUAUUUGUAUAUGUGUAAAAUAUAUUGUCUAUAUGUUAAAUGUUAGUCUGUAAUCAUUGCUAAUAUAUGUAUUAUUAAAUUAAACAUGUCAAAGUGUGUCACACAAUGGCACUUAUUGGCAUUUAUGCUAUGUUCAUUCUCUGAGAAUGAAAUGGCCACAAGGAAUAUUCUUAUUGAAAUAAUGUAAAAUUUUAGUAUACACAAGGUGCUCGAGAGUAUUUUCUAUAACUCUGUGGUUAUAUUCUUUACCGAAAAUUAAUUAAAUACAACACAACACAUCAAGUGUUCUAAAAUUAAUAUUUUCGGGAUAAAUAAUAUUUUUUUUUGUAAAUAGAUUGUAAUAUAUGUCCCUUAUAAUUAUGACGUAGCCAAGUCUGACGUAUUUCAAAAUGCAAGGAUAGAUAAAGGCGUGUGUUACAUGGAUAGUCGGAAUUAUUUAAAUUAAUUUGUAUGAAAACAAAGUUUUCUUUUUAGUAAAAAAAUGUUCACUAUGCAGUUCGGCUCCUAUAAGUGGACUCGUCAACACCUUGAAAUUAUGGGAAAUACUCCCGAGCACCCUGUAUAUAGAUUCACCUUUGAAACUCCAAAAUUUUUGUUAAGUGGCUUAAUUUUUAUGGUAUAAUGUAAAAAUUACUUAGCAAAUAUUAUGUAUAAAAUAAAUUAUACUAUUUGAUAUAGUUAUGUAACUUAAAUAUAUCAAUUAUUAUUAAGGAUUUCUUAUAGAUAUUGGCGUCAUUUAACUCCUUCAUUGUAAAGUAUCUAAAUUAAACUUUACCUUUAAAUAAAAAAAUCCUAUAUUUAAUGUCUACUUGUACAUAACCCUAAAAAUUAGUUAUUUUUAUUAUUUUCAUUACUUCCGUAUGUGUUAAAGUAAUUUACUUGAAAUAAUUGUUAGUUUUACUUAUAUUUUGCGUAUUCAUAAAACAAGCAAGGCCAUUGAGAUGAGACAUAGAUUGUGUGCGAGCGAAAGUGGUAGAUGAAACUGUAUCUGUAUUGAUUGGAAUUGUUAAUGAUAAAAUUAUAAAAUGCUUACUAAUAAAAUUGUUAAGAUGUAGAUUUUAAAUGAUGUCUAAAUUAAUAUUUGAAUUAAUUUAGAAAUACAUACUAAGUAGUAAGUAUUAUUAAAUUAAUUCUAUUAAAAUUUGCAUGCCAAAUAGGCAAGAUACAUUUACCAUUUGCAUCAAUCACAAGUAUAUAUGUGCGCAUAUAUAAAUAAAUGAAUAUUUGCAGAUAUCAAUUGAUUUUAUUUUUGAUAGAUUGAUAUCUCUGCAAUUUUCUUUCUUAAAACGCGGAUACGGAUAACGCGUAGAUAGCGCGUACAUUACGCGUAGUCAGUUUACGCGUGUCUGGAACACCAUGCCCAUACUUGCAGUUACGCGUACAAGUGUACGCGCUAUCCGUACGCACCAUUACACGGGUUAAAAGUGCGUACAGAUAGCGCGUCCCUGUCCACGCGUGCAUUGGAUACUCUUACAGCUCCUGUACGGACCGCCGCGAACCUGUACGCGAGGUCAAUCGAUAUAAAGCGCUCCGUGAACCCCAUUAAUUCUGUGUCUAUUCAUUUUGCUGUCCAAAUAUAGCGUACCUGGUCGUGUGCGUUUACUUUGACGCGCGACCAAAAACCAACUGACGGCUAGACAGCUCGAGCUAGCUCGCGGUGUACGCGUUCUCCAAGAGUAUAUUCGAAGCUGCAGGUAAGGACAUGACGGUUCCGACACGCGUAAAUUAAUUAUGCGUACCAGUGUACGCGCUACCCAUCCGCUCCACACAACUUAGUAUGUUGAUUAUUGAGACCUUGCUUUAGGUUUAAUUUAUGUCACGUAAUAUAAUAAAAUUAUUGUGGUAGAUUAAUUAAAUAUUCUAUUGUAAAAUUUAACGUAACUAUAGUAACCUAUAGUAUUGUAUAUUAUUCUCUGACCUGCACGAAUUUACAAUUAACAGUAACCUAUAGUGUUGUAUAUUGUUCUCUGACCUGCACAUUAAUCAAUGGCUAAGUUACAAUAGUAGUAGGUCUUAUCUUAGAUACUACUGUUGACCUACAGGGAGUUUCUUGGAUGUGACGGUUAACAAAGUUACUGUCGGUCAGAUUUAAGAAACUCUUCUUACUCGUAUGUAACUUAGCCUAAACUGGGGGUGCGGGUCUACCACAUAACCUAUUAAAACUAUACUACUAUCGUUAACAACUGAGUCUUAGGGCCAUAAAUCAUUUCUCUAUAUCUAUCUCGCUUGCACUUAUGGGUCUUAUGGAGCCGUCUAGUGAAGGGUGUAACAAUGAAAGACAUAUUAUCGAUAAGUAAAGUUUAUUAUCGUAUCUUGUUCACAAAAUUAAAAAAAUUAACAAUAUUUGAUUUAAUAUAAUACAUAUUUCAUAUUAUAUAAUUAUUAACUAAAUAAACUUUUCAAUUCAUUGAGAAACAGGAAUACGUUGUGAAUCAGUGUUCGAGCUUGAGGGCUAAUAUCGCCAUGUAAUUUCUUCAGAUCAACGUUAGAAAAUAAAGUAUCCAUAGUGCGCAACGAGUAACACAUGAAUGUAUUUAUUUAAUUGCAGUAAACACAUUUAUAGCAAAUAAAAUACGCAAUGCAAUUACAUUAGAAACCGACCAAUCAGAAUCGUCCAAAUCAUUAUUGACUCAUCAUUAGCACGUGCGCAGGUAGCCGUUUAUCGAUAAUUAGGGUGCGCAGGUAGGCGCGCUGCACAUUCCUAUCUUUUUUGACUUUUAUGACCGGACGACUCAGAUGAUAACGCGCAUACUAUAGACAAAGUAUAUCUAUAAUUUUGUUGGUUCUUAUCCAACAGAGUUAAAAAUUAAAAUAAAUGCCACGAUCGGUGUGAAAUAGGUUGUAAAAUAUUUAGUUAUAACGAUAUGUAAGCCUGCCACGGACCUGUAUAUAGUUAGAUACCGCGUGCCGUCCAUCUAAGCGUGCCAAGUAUACACUGCGCCUAUUCAACUCUUCGUCUUAUUUUAGUUUCUGUAUUGAUUUUUGAACAAUUUGAACAAUGUUUUUUUUUUUCAAAAUCUGUCAUUCUAAAUACCAUGUCGAUGGAAAUGAUUUUUGACCCAUGCGGACACUUUAGAUUAUAAUUUUCGCAAAUUAUGCUCAUAUUUAUAAAUAAUUAUAAUAAAAGGUAUAUAUUAAUCUUGGGAAAAGUUAUGGUCCUUAAAACAGGUAUCGUCAAUCUACUUGAGAUAGCGUAGUCCAGUCUUUGAUCAUAUAUGAUAGUGAACAUGUUUGUAAUAAGUUGAUCAUUUGAUUUGAUUUAAACUAGCGGCGUCUACUAAAUAUAAGUCCGUGAAGUUGACUGUCUAAUUCACUAGUAAGCAAAGCGUUAGAGAGUUUUAUGUAAUAAAUCGUAGAAGUUUUUUUUUCUUUGUUUUCUCAGUGAUCCUUUAUAUUAUUUUCAUUUAAAUUAUUAGGUGUGAAAAUACUAGUGAUUUUUACCCUCAUUUUUAAUUUGUCUGUUAGUAGACAGUAUUGUUCGAGUAUGGCUUUAGUAUAGAUAAUUUCCCAAAACCUAAAAGAAAAAGUGGUUGUAUUGGUUUGGUAUAAAAGUAAUUAACUAUUGUGAAAUAUUUCGUCUCCGUGUGACCUAAUAUCUCAGUCAAUUCCCACAGCGAAUAUUAAAAGGAUUUAACUACUUAGAAAUGAUAAAUAUGUUUUAAUUAAAUAUACCUAUAAUUUUAUUAUCUUGACUUUUUUACCACCAUAUUUAAACGUUUUGCACAUCUAUGAUUAUUCAUGUUAAAUGUUAUUUAUAGGCACUUUAUUAUUGUGACCUCACGUGCUUCGCUUCAUACACUAUAGCGUGGUUCUACUGUACUGGUUCACUGGUGGUUAACUGAUCAAGUGUCAGCUAAUAAUUUCUACAUAAUUAUGUAAUUAUUAAAAUUAAUAUAACUGUAAAGAAAUUACACAGACUGUAAAAAAUGCCAUAGUUCCGCUUAUUUUAAUUUAUCAUAUUUUUUCGUCUGCCUUUAUCUUUGUAAGUAAUUCAAAAGUUGUUAUGAAUAUAUUACAUUUAGAACACAAUAUUAUGUUUCCUUUCCUGAUUUGUUAAAAAUUGUUGGUAUAUAAGUAUUGUUAUUUAAUUUAUGGUCUAAGCUAAAAGCUUGUGAAGGUCAAACCAUCGUAAUUUUUAAAUAUAUUAAUGCUGGCUCUACAGGCCUUUCAGAUGGUUGGUUAGGCUGUCUACACGUUGGCGACAUUAAGGUUUCGUUAGUAGCUGUUGUAACAAGAUGAAGAGCGAGGGCACGAUGCGUUGCGGCGCCGGAGCGGUGUUCGCUGCGUUAUCUUACAUAGAUUUAUAUGUGGCAUGUCACUCCGGUGCCGCACCGGACUUGCAACCACCGAGACGAGGCGGGGAGCGGUGAAUGCGUUGCGACGUCGGAGCGGCACUGCUCAGUUUAUGCGUUUCAAGGAUUUACAGACUGAGCGGGGGCUCACGAUGUGUUGCGGCGCUGCAUCGCAAAGAUUUCACCGUAUCAGUGGGCACACGAGCGGUGUGGCGCGCUGCAAUGUUAUUAUGUCGCAGCGGCGCCGUUGGCCAGUCUGUUAAUAAAGUAAUGUUGUGACGCAUAAACAACUGACCGGUGCCGCUCCGACAUCGCAACGCAUGUCCCCCUCCCCGCCUCUUCUCGGUGGUUGCAAGUCCGGUGCGGCGCCGGAGCGCAUCGUGUGACAUGCCACAGAUAUUUCUGUGUAAGAUGACGCAGCGACACCUCUCUGGCGCCGCACCGCCGCUGCCUCAACGCAUGCCCCUGCUCUGUCAAACGCUGCGACAUAACAACGUUUCGGCGCCGCGCCGCUCGUGUGCCCGCUGAUACAGUGAAAUUUUUGCGAUGCGGCGCCGCAACGCAUUGUGUGCCUUCAGACGGACUCGUAAGCUAUUGCCGCUGUGUCAGGCCAUCACAAGCUAUCGCUGUGAUUUGUAGUUUGUGUUAUGCUAGCAAUCCAUGGUCCGGUAUGACCACAUGCCGGCAGCGCUAAUGGCUUGAAAUCCGAUGAAACUGAUCGUGUAUUGGUGCGAUCUGUAUGACGUCAUGCACAUCGCAACCAACCCACUAUCAGUUUUAUCGGAUGUGUCAAAGAUUACUAUUAGAUAUGUUACGUGCCUACAAAAUCACUGCAAAAAGUGAUCCGAAAUUAGUCACUCCACUGAGCGCACACAUGCCCUAUUUUGUGUUUACUUACAGACAAUAUUUAGGUAUUAUUUGUUUAACUAACUUUCGUAGUUCUAUUUAAUUGCUUGGAUGGCUUGGCGCUGCCGUCGCUUGUGUCGGAAUUCGGAACCUUUGUCGGUCUUUUCACAAACACUGCAAAAUAGUGUGCCUGAAAGAUCAAAAGCAGACGACAAUUAGCCACUUUUAUCCGCCUUAGUUUCGACGCGCUGAGUGACAUAUCUAAUAGUAUAAAAUCUUUGGAUGUCAAACCGUUAGCGAUACAGGCAUGGUGGCACAUUGGCCGGUGGGUGGCUAGCAUUAAAUUAAUAACUUGGUUGUAAUUAUGCAAUACCAAUGCUAGCAUAUUUCAUUUUGCCUUGCCAGUAGGCCUACGAUGCCCACCACGUCAUAUCUCCUGAAAAGAAAAAGACGGUCGACCAAUAGCGCCAAAUCGUAAAUAUCGCUUUCUCUUUUGUUGCGAUAGGACGAAAGAGAUAGCGAUAUUUGAUAUAUUGGUCGACAAUAAGUCUUUAAUGUCUUCGCGAUGUAUCUCGAGGCGCAUAACUUAAGAUAUGAAAAUACACUUACUUAUUUUGUAAAAAUAAUUUCUAUAGAUAUUUUUAUACAAUUAAUCUGACUUGAGAAAAAUAACUGAACGAUUUUAUAAACCAAAUGAUGGAUUUAAUACUAAAAUUUGAAUUAAUAUACUCGUACGAGUAUUUGUAUUAAUUAGAUUAUCUGUCAUUCAAUUAUGAAUUAAUAUAAAGUAUUAUUUUAUGUUUUAAUAUUUAUUAUAAUUUACAACCUGAAAAAUAAUUUUCAAGGAUCGUGAGAGAGAUAAAGCUAUAUAGCUAUACACAUAGAGCUCCACAGAUUAUAUAUUUAGUUAGCUACAUGGCUUAAUAUUUAAUUGACGCGUUCUCCAGUAGGCCUAGCAUGCGUCAACGACAUACUCGUAUCUGGUGCAAUGAAAAAGACAUGUUUUAUUAGACCAAUAGCAGCGGAAAUAUUUCAGUCAAUUCAUUUAUUUCAAUUAGACUUAGUUUACAAGUACCUACUUUUGUAAUGCAAGGUAAUGUUAUUUUAUUUAUUUGUUAGAUAUUGGUGAUAAUUAGUCGAAAACUUAAAAUUAAAGGUACGAAGGUCCCAAGCCUCGCACGGUGUAGCUCUCUCUUUCGUAGGUACCAUCGCAAGAAAAGACAGCGAUAUGUUGAUUGUUGUAUAUUUGCCCCGCUAUUGUCGACAUUUGUCUUUUUCUUGUCUCAGGAUAUUAUGUCGUGGUGUGUAGGCUUACAUAGUGUAGAAAAUAUUAUACGAGUGUAAAAUAAGAAUUAUUCGUUUCUAAUACAGCAAUUAAAUAUCACGGUCUGGCCUUAGUUAAUAGCAUCCGGUACAAAUUUAGAUAAAAUAGUAUAAAAAGUAUGAAAUUAUGCUGCCUGUAUAUGGUUUUCCGUUGUUUUUUUUGCAAAAGCUCUUGAUAAGUAGGUAUAGUCAGAAAUUAACAACGAAUGAAUCAUAAAAUUGGAAGUGAAAAAAUGAACUUUUAAUAUGUACCUAAUAUGAAUUGAAACUCAUAUUGAGAUAUUGUAAAAUGAAGUCAUUGUUUAUCUACACUAUCAGCCAUGAUCAGCCAUGAUGGACGGCCACAGAAUGAAGCAUGACUGUCAUGAUCAUUGUCAAAUUUUGGCUGAAAACCCCGGUUACGCUGGGUCAUCGUUUUCGACCUCAACACGCUCGGAAUCGCUUGUAUUAACCUACAAUGGCAGAUGCCGUAAGCAAUAAAGUAAAACCCAGUGGCGUUGCUAGAUAACCAAGGGCUCUGGUGUAAAUAAAAACAUGGGGCCCCACUACUACCUAAACAGUAAAACUAAAAUAAUUUCGCAUUAUACAAUGACUAGCCGUUAUAUACAUUUGACAUGAUUUACUGACGUAAAGGACAUCAGUAUGAGUGGUACUAAAAUGAAAUAAAAUUUAACCACUUCAUAGACCCGUACUAAAUAGUUUAUUGACAUUCGACUUACUCCUGAUACAUCAUUCAUUUUUUAAGUGGGUACUCGAAAAAACCACGAUGCCCAUAAUUAUCGAUAAUGCCAGCAUCGAAGUUGUUCAGGAAUACAACUACCUCGGUCAAAUGAUACAACUAGGUAGGAAUAACUUCGACAAGGAAGCUGACAGAAGAAUUCAGCUUGGUUGGGCAGCAUUUGGGAAAUUGCGUCGGGUCUUCAAUUCGUCAAUACCCCAAAGCCUGAAGACAAAAGUCUUUAAUGAGUGUGUCUUGCCUGUUAUGACGUAUGGAGCGGAAACGUGGACACUGACUAUUGGCCUUAUCCACAAAUUUAAAGUCGCUCAGCGAGCUAUGGAAAGGGCUAUGUUAGGAGUCUCUCUGAAGGAUAAAAUCCGGAACGAGGAAAUCCGUAGGAGAACGAAAAUAAUUGAUGUAGCCCAAAGAAUUAGCAAACUGAAGUGGCAGUGGGCGGGCCAUAUCUGUCGUAGAACAGAUGGCCGCUGGGGCAGACGUGUUCUGGAGUGGAGACCGCGUACUAGCAAACGCAGUGUAGGACGCCCUCCAGCUAGAUGGUCCGACGACAUCAAGAAGGUAGUGGGAAGUGGCUGGAUGAGGAAGGCGGAGGAUCGUGUGUGGUGGCGCGCUCUCGGAAAGGCCUAUGUCCAGCAGUGGACGAAUACAGGCUGUUGAUGACUCGAAAAAAAUCACGACUUCGAUUCACAGUUUUUCGAAAGUUUAGUAGGUAAGGAUUCAAGGGCGCCCUGAGCUUAAAGGCGCCGGGGCAUUGCAUCGUCCUGGGUAAAACCGAAAGGUCCAGGGCUCGCACUUUUACCAAUAUAAAAAAAACAUACCAAUGAACUUGAGAUGAGAACCUCCUCCCUGUGAAGUCGGUAAAAAAUUUAAUAAAAUUAUGCUGUAAGUAAGCGACUUAUAACUAGAAGUUUCACGUAAAUUGUUAAGCUAAAUGAUUUUGUUCUUGGAAAUUCUAUGUAGGUAGUAUAGAUUAAACAAAUAAUGAUUUAAAUAAAAAAAUAUAUUUCCGUCAUAUCGUGCUAGAGACAAGAGAGAACAAUUUUUUAAUGUGUGUAAAACGUGUAAGAUCAAAUAUAUAGUAGGUUUAAAAUUAUACCCUAUCAAAAUAUUGCAAAUGCUUACAUUAUUCUGUAAACAUGUGUAUUGCUAGUACCUAUUUUUCUGUAGGUAUAAUACGAAAAUGUUAAUUAUAACCAGAACUAUAAUUUCAAGUUAGGUAGGUACA